GAUUUGGACAGUAUCCUCUCCUUUAUAAGGCGGCAGCGACAGGGUCGUUCUUCAGACAACUGACCCCGCCGAGCAAUUACCUAACCCAAUCCCAGCACCAAAAAAUCUUAUUUCCUAGUCUUCAAGGUCUGCUUGCUUCCGAUCAUUGACUCAAUUUUGGUUGUAUCCAUGGAGAAUUUAUUGGGUCUGCUUAGAGUUCAUGUGUUGCGAGGGGUAAACCUUGCUAUCAGAGACGUCAACAGCAGCGAUCCUUAUGUUGUUAUCAAGAUGGGAAGACAGAUGCAGACAGUGUAUGACAGAGAUUUUUUCUCUUUUGACGACAAGAUGGGAGAUGCCGAAUUUGAGAUUGGCUCCUUUCUGGAAGCUGUGAAAAUGCACCUGGGAAACAUGCCUAGUGGCACCAUAAUCAGGACAAUUCAGCCCAGCAGGGAAAACUGCCUAGCUGAAGAGAGCAGGAUUAUUUGGAGCAAUGGCAAGGUUGUCCAGAACAUGUUUCUCCGGCUUCGGAAUGUGGAGAGGGGUGAAAUCGAACUCCAGCUGGAAUGGAUCGAUAUCCCUGGCUCAAGGGGCUUGUAGAUGUCAUUUCUACAAAUCCUGCAUUGUACACCGCCUUCUUUUUCGUUUAAAUUUUAUUUUAGCCCGCGUUUGUUGAUAGAGGCGAGAGCACAAUGAGGAGAAUACUACCGAUGUCUAUAUCCUAAGAUGCUAUAAAGUGUGAUUUCUGUUUAAACUCAUUUUAGUGCUUCCAUAAUCAGAUAGCUACCUUUUCUAUC